UAGAACGAUAUUAGAAUCAAUGAAAGACUACACCUAACAGGGUGGACAAACAACCAGUGUGCAAGAGACAACAAACUGUGCAAAUACACAGACAAUAAUAAGUAAUAAAUAUUGAGAACAAGAGACCUUGAAAGUGAGUCCAUAGGUUGUGGAAACAGCUCAAUGAUGGGGCAAGUUAUCCCCACUGGUUUAUCAGCCUGAUGGUUGAGGGGUAAUAACCAUUCCUGAACUUAGUAGUGUGAAGCCUGAGGCUUCUGUACCUUCUUUCCGAUGGCAGCAGGGAGCAGAUAACAUGAUCUAGGUGAUGGAUCUUCCUGAGCUGGAUAAUGCUUUCUUGCAUCAGGAAAAUCUUCAGGAAUUAUUCGAAGCAAAAGAUGAGCAUAUGUUAGUGGGGAAGAAUGAUGUGAAGUUAAGAAAUGCAUGAGCAGAGAUGCAGUAAACGUAUGUAAGCAUUUGUUCUGAAAAUAUUUGUGAUGCGAGAACUUUUGUAUUAAUCGCAGUUCUCCAAACAGCAAAAAUGAAAUGAUUUCACACUAUAGAUUUAAAAAAAAAUCUCCUCCUACGUUCCAAUGCAAUCCAAAGGUUUUUUUAAAAAAAUAAAUUCACAUUAUUUUACUGGGUGGAAAUGCCAAAAAUAUGGUAAGAACGAGAGCUCAAGAUUCGGGGACGCUUGUUCUGAACUGUGGAGGAGAAGGAAGUAGAGGUGAAAAGCUGAAAGGGAAGGAGAGUGAAAACAGCGAAAGGAAGCCGGAGUCGAAGGCGAGCGCUCGGGAAACAGGAACCGGAGCUGGACGCUUCCAGUUUUAGAAAGGACUGCUCUUCUAACAAAACCAGUCAACCUUCCAAUGCAAUGAUGGAAAAUGCCAUUUUACCUACAUACUUCUCACCAUCCAGAUCUCCAAAUGAAAUUGCCAGGGCGUAUUCACUAAUGUGCCAAAUGAAAAGUUACUGCACAAGACAUGUGAGGAUCCACUGAGAAUUCAGAAAUGGAAGGUAUACUACAUUGCUGGAAAUGUCGAAGAUUUGUAUUGAAUGCUGAUAGUUUGUCCCUUCCACAGGGGAUUCAAAAAUCAAAAAUGCAGGAUGCUGCUGAGGAAUCAACUGCACAAGUCAACUGUACCGUAUGGCAUGUAAAGUUAGAGGCUAUUCCAGAGUGGAUACAAAAAGAAAUAGAAAAGUCAUGGUGGACAAUUGGGAAACUGAACUGCCAGCACUGUGGGGCCCGUCUAGGGGAAUUUAAUUUUGUUUGCCCUGCCAAAUGCCCUUGUGGGCAGACAGUGACUGUUCAUAUCUGCAAGCGUCGGACGGACUAUGAACCGCUACAUUUAAUCAGAAGCACUGAGUCUGCAGAGGUGAAAUCCUUGCAGAAAAUACAAUAUAUACACAGACUAGAACCUGUGGAGAAGUUGGAGCAUGGGUCAAAAAAUAGUUUGUUCCACUGCAGGCAAAAAGAAUUUUUACAUCAUUUGAAAAAGAUGGAUCAUGAACAAGGGACUGAUGACCUUUGCCUGGAGGCAAGAUCACACAACAGAGGAAUUGUAGAAGUUGACAGCAACUUCAAAGCAGCUUAUCCACAGCCAUGCUCUUCUGCUUCACAGCCAGUGAGAGCCAGAUGUGCAGUGAAAGGUUUUCAUAAGAAGUCUUUCAGUCUGGAUUUUAACAGCAUAAGCUCAAAGGAUGCAUCAGUUAGUUCUGCUAGCAUUCAUGGAUUGUGUCCACGAUCUUCUUCUUGUGGCCUUAUAAUGAAUCACAUUGCUGAGGCUUCUAAUCCGAUACAGCAGAUUUCAGUGUCAGAAGAUACUAAACUGCAGCUGUUUGCAAGAGAAGAAUCAAAUGGAUCUCUCUUUCCUAAUCAGCACAUUAAAGAGUCUGAUUUUGUGUUGAACCCUCAGUCAUUCCAUGAUCAUCCAGUUGACGAAGAAGACAUCGACCCUGGUCCAUCUGUUCCAAGACACUGUAGGAACACAGCUGCUCACGUAUCCACCAUUGUUAGAGGUUGGUCUCCUGAAUCAAGUACUGAAACAAGUGAUGCAGAAGAGAAGGGGGAAGGACAUGAAGCUGGAGCAAGCAAUCCUUGUGAUGAUUCUGCGCCAUGUGUUCCCUUAUUGUCCUCUGUAGAUGAGAGACCCUUGAGUAAAAGAGAGAGAAAUAAACUGAAGAGUUUGAAGAGGAAACAACGGAAGUGGCAGCGAUGGCAUCAGAGCAAAUUGAAGGAACAAAAACAGGCUUCCAAUUCAAAUCUGACCACUUCAGAUGAUGAUGAAAUUAAGUGGGAAAAGGAAGGCUACAUCUGUGCCGUUUGUCUGGAUAUUUUCUUCAGUCCUUACAUGUGCUACCCAUGUCAUCACAUCUUUUGUGAACCUUGUCUUCGGAGUCUUGCAAAAGACAACCCUACGAGUACGCCAUGCCCUUUGUGCCGUACCAUCAUCACAAGAGUUUUUUUUCAAACAGAGUUGAAUAACACCAUGAAAAGUUUAUUCUCCGAGGAGUAUUUAGCCAGAGGACAAAGCUUUCAAAAAGCAAGCUGUGCAAAGUGGCCAUUGCCUAGCUGCAGGAGACUGAUCAAAGUCUUGGGAGGUUUUCGAAGACGUCCGGAUCCUGUUGCAAGAAGACAAUUCCCUCAUGGUGCCUACAGGCUGGAUUUUGAAGAUGACAAUCGUGGCUGGAGAUUUGAUAUGGACAUGGUUAUCAUUUAUAUUUAUUCUGUUAACUGGAUCAUCGGAUUCAUUAUAUUUUGCUUUCUUUGCUACUUUUUCUUUCCAUCCUUUUAAAUUAUUAGGGCUUUGAUAACAUGAUAAUAAUUCAAGCACAGAAUGUUGAACAAGUUUAGAAGAAAUUGCCUGAGAUAUUGCGUAUUAAAAAUUGUCCAGAAAUAUGAAGUUUGAAGAAAUAAGUUAGCCAUAUUCUUUCCAGCUGCAGUUACCUUGUGCAAUUUUAACCCAGCUUUGAAAACUAAGCUACCAUUAAUGGAAUCUACAGAGUAUAGCAGAUGCAAUUUUAUUUGUUUCCAUGAAAUUGAACACUAUCUGAACUUAGUUUAAAAACUUAAUUGUAACCAUCUCAUAAUAUGGUUUAUUUAUGCCAUUUUUGGGACUUUAAGUAUUUUGUUUCCACCUCUAAGAUAUUGUGGACAAGAAUUAAUACUGGCAAUAACUGGGGAUAGUGCAGAAUACAGUCUGUAUAAAGCAAGAACUACAUGUGGUUUUGGACAAGUACUGUAUCUUAAACAUUUACUUUCAUUGGUUCAAGCACACUCUUCAAAGUUAGUGUGACACUUUGAGUAGAAUACUGAUAAUUUUCAAAUAACUUGAACAAAAAAAAAUGUAGAAUACUAGAGCCAGUUUAAAAAUCACAUUUUAUACAAGUUUCAGUAUAAUACUUAUUUUAUAGAGUUGUUUAAUAAGAAUGCCAGCAAUCUGAAUUUAUCACCAUCUUGGACAACUGUUUCCUAUCCUUAUUUUAAUUUUUCCACUAAUUGUAAUUACUAAAGGCUUGAAAAAAAAAUCCUCCAUUACUAUGCAACAAACCUGACAUUCCUCUGUGUCAUUUUGAUAACAGCAGGAAUAAUGAGGCAUAUUUCAUACAGGAUAUAUGUAAUUAUAUUAUUUUAUAUAUAUCUGUCUUCAAGACCGGUGAUUCCUCAUAGAUCCAUGUGAAAACAGUUACUGAGAAAAGUACAACAACAUAUGAUGAAGUUAGCUGUGGAUCUAAAAUUACCUUAAAAUAUGACUGUUUGCUUCCAUCAGUACAAAAAAUACUUCUUGAUUGACAAGUGGGGAAACCUAGGACCAUGGUUAUGUGUUAAAGGUGUACUGGGCAGUACUGAAUCUUCAAGCACAUGUUGUCCUUGGUACAGCAUUGUCUGUUUGCUUGCUUCACUGGUACCACCCUGUCAUUCCAAUGAAUUUCUGGGUUUCUUAGUUUUAUAUGGAGUGGAGGCGUAUUGAGCUUUUUUGGCAUCCUCUUGCUCCGUUUAAUAUUUUACCUUUUACAGAACCCUGUUACUUUUUUUUUUAAAUCAUGUGGCAUCAGAUGGAGCAUUACUUAUUUGCAAUACUGAUCGACUUUUUGGAUGGAUGUAUCUUUCGAAAGUUCAGUUGCUGUCAGUAAGCUGAGGAGGGAGGAAUUGUCUCAAGUGAUAAUUAGAGGGAGUCUCGAGGCGUUUAUUGCCAGUUACCCUAGUAGCUGAGAUCAGAGAACCUGCCACAGCCAUCAAAAAUAGUAUAUCCUUUAGAAUCAAUAUGGUUCCAAACAUGCAUUAACUAAAGGUCUGCACUCGAGCAGUACAAAAAUGUCGGGAUUAUUUACAUUUGCUUAUGAUGCCUUAGUAGACAGUAUGACACAAAUUUUAUGUGUGUAUUAUAUUUUGAAGAUGAGCCCUCCCAAGUUAUGAGUUUUGGAUUUUCUUGGCAGCCCAAUCAGAGGGGCAGGGAAAAGAGAGAGAAAAAAAAAUCAAAGCAUUCACGGGCUUUCACCAUUUUUACGACAGUCCAAUCGAAUUGCAGUUCAUUUCUUUCAUCAGAGUAAGGCAGGGAUAAGACUAUUGUGUGAGUGGACCAGUGUUAGAAUGCAGAGGUUUUGGCUCAUUAAGUUUCAGUGAAAAUAGACUUAAAGUUAAGCAUCUGGUAAAUUUCUUCCUCAUUCUUCAUCCAUCAGUACAUAGUUAGAGCAGUGAAAAUAGCUCAUGGGCUGUGUUGUGUUCUUUGUGUGAGAUGUGGGAAUGUGGGAGACCAGCAGCCUCCCAGAUAACCACAUCUGCAUCAGGUGCACCAAGCUGCAGCUCCUCUGAAAGUAUGUUAAGGAACUGGAGCUGCAGCUCGAUGACCUUUAGUUCAUAGGGGAAACUGAGGAGGUGGUGGAUAGGUUGUCACCCCUAAGUUGCAGGAGGCAGUUACCUGCAUGACUGUCAGAAUAGGGAAGGGAAAUGGGCAAGUGUUCCCCUCAAUAGUAAGUAUACUGCUUUGGAUACUAUGAAUGGAUGACCUACCAGAGGGAAGCUGCAGUGACAAUGUCUCUGACACUGAGACUGGCCCUGUUAUUCAGAAGGAGGGAAGAAGAGGACUCCAGUAGUGAUGGGGGAUUACCUACUUAGAGGAGUAGACAUGAGAUUAUGUGGAUGCAAUAGACACACUUAGAUGAUAUGUUGCCUCCCAGAUGCAGGGUCAGGGACAUCUUGAAUCAACCUAAAAAGAAAGGGUGAGCAGCCAGAAGUCUUGGUACCUAAUCACAACAAUUACGUAGGUAGGAAAAAGGAAGAGAUCCUGAAGAGAACAUUUAUAGAGCUCGGUAGAAAGCUGAAAAGCAGAACCUCCAGAGUAGUAAUCCCUGGAUUGCUGCCAGUGUCAUGUGCCUAUGAGCGCAAGAAUAGGAUGAUUUGGCAGGUGAAUGUGGGGCUGAGGAAAUGGUGCAGAGGUCAGGGUUUCAGAUCUCUGGAUCAUUGGAAUCUCUUCUGGCAAAGGUAGUACCUGAACAAAAGGGACAGAUUACACCCGAGGGGCACAAAUAUCCUUGCAGGCUAAUUUGCUAGAAUGGUUGGGGAGUGCUUAAACUAAUUUGGCAGGGAGAGAGGAAGCUGAGUGAUAGGCUGAGGAUGGAGGCAGUUGGUAUACAAGCAGAGACAGAGUGCGAUGAGACUAUGAGGAAGGACAGGCAGAUGAUAGGGUAAAGUUGCAGUCAGUGUAACAGGCAAAAUUGAAAAGGGUGACAGAUACAGAACUGAAGGUGUUAUACUUCAAUACAUGCAAUAUAUGGAAUAAGGUAGAUGAUCUUUUAGCUCAUUUAGAGAUUGGCAAGUAUGACAUUGUGGGCUGAAAGAAGAUUAUAGUUGGGAGCUCAACAUCCAAGGAUACACAGGUAGCCCAGGGAGGUGGUGUGGCUCUGUUAGUAAAACAGAAAAUCAAAUCCUUUGAAAGAGUUGACUAGGAUUGGAAGAGAGAUUUGCUGUGGGUAGAGUUAAGGAACUGCAAGAGUAAAAAGACACUGAUGGGAGUUAAAUACAGGCUUAUGAACAAUAGCCAGGAUGUGGGCUACAAAUUACCAUGGGAGAUAGAAAAUACAUGUCAAAAGGACAAUGUUAGAAUAGUCAUGAGGGAUUUCAAUGUUCAGGUAGAUUGAGAAAAUCAGGUUGGUGCUGAUUUUGGAUCCUAAGAGAGAAUUUGGAGGAUGCAUAUGAAAUGCAUUUUUAAAGGAACUUGUGGUUGAGCCCACUGAGGGAUCAGCUAUUCUGGAUUGGGUGUUAUGUUAUGAAAUGGAUUUGAUUAAGGAGCUUAAGAUUCAGGAACCAUUAGGAGGCUGCAAUCAUAAAGGUAUAUGGAGGAAUUUAAGGUGGAGGGUUAUAUGGGAGGCAGGGUUUAAGGGUCAGCACAACAUUGUGGGCCGAAGGGCCUGUACUGGGCUGUAUUGUUCUAUGUUCUAUGUUUAUUCUAUAAUAUGAUAUAACUUACCCUGCAAUUUGAGAGGGAGAAACUAAAAUCAAAUGUAUCAGUAUUAUAGUGGAGUAACAGGAAUUAUAGUGGUGUGAGAGAGUUGCUGGCCAAAGCUGAGUGAAAGGGGACACUAGCAGGGAUGACAGCAGAGCAGCAAUGGCUUGAGUUUCUGGGGGCAAUUCGGAAGGUGUAGAAUAGAUACAUCCCAAAGCAAAAGUAGUAUUCUUAAAACAGGAUGACACAACUGAGGUUCACAUUGAGAUGUCAAAGUCAAGAGAAAAGCAAAGGAGAGGGUAUGUAAUAGAGCAAAAAUUAGAGUGGGAAGUUAGAGGAUUGGGACCUUUUAAACAACAGAAGGUAACUAAACAUACCAUAAGGAGUGAAAACAUGAAAUAUGAAGGUAAGCUAGCCAAUAUCAAAGAGGAUACCAAAGUUUUUUUUUUGUGGUAUGUAGAGAGUAAAAAGGAGGCAAACGAAGAUAUUGGACUGAUGGAAAAUGACGCUGGAGAGGUAGUAAUGAGGGACCAGGAAAUGGUAGAUGAGCUCAAUAAGCAUUUUGCAUCAGUCUUCUCUGUGGGAAACACUAGCUGUAUGCCAGAAAUUCAAGAGUAUCAGGGGAUAUAUGUGAGUGCAGUUGCUGUUACUAGGGAGCAAGAGCUAGGGAAACUGAAAGGUCACCUGGAGCAAAUAGACUACACACCAGGAUUCUGAAAGAGGUACUGUAGCUGAAGAGAUUGUGGAUGCAUUAGUAAUGAUCUUUCAAGAAUGACUAAAUUCUGACAUGGUUCUGGAGGACUAGAAAAUUGCAAAUGUCACUCCACACUUCAAGUAGGGAGAGGGGCAAGAUAAGGAAAUUAUAUGUGAGUUAGUGUGAACUCAGUGAUUGGGAAUAUUUUGGAGUCAACAGUUAAGGAUGAGUUUUCAAAGUAUCUGGAAGCACAAGAUAAAAUAGGCCAAAGUCAGCAUGGUUUCCAUAAAGAAAGAUCUUGUCUGACAAACCUGUUGGAAUUCUUUGAGGAAAUAACAAUAGGAUAGACAGUGGAGAACCAGUGCAUGUUCUGUACUUGGAUUUUCAGAAGGCCUUUGACAAGAUGUCAAACAUAAGGUCAAACAGGAUCAAGCAUUGGCUGUUUGGCCAGAAGCAAAGUUUGGGAAUAAAGGGAGCCUUUUCUGAAUGGCUGCCAGUGACUAUUGGUGUUCUGCAGGGGCUUUUUUUUUUGUUGUAUGUAAAUAAUUCGGAUGAUGGAAUUGAUGGCUUUGUGGCCAAGUUUGCAAAGAUAAGUGGAGGAGCAGGUAGGCUGCAGAAGGAUUUAGGCAGGUUAGGAGAAUUGGCAAAGAAGUGGCAGAUGGAAUACAAUGUCAGGAAGUGCAUUGUCAUGCAUUUAGAUAGAUGGAAUAAAAGUGUAGACUAUUUUCUAAACGGGGAGAAAAAUUCAAAAAUCUGAGGUAGAGAGGGACUUGGGAAUCCUUGUGCAGGAUUCCCUAAAUUUAACCUGCAGGUCAAGUUGGCAGUGAGGAAGGCAAAUGCAAUAUUGGCAUUCAUUUUGAAAGGGUUAGAAUAUAAAGACAAGGAUGUAAUGCUUCUGGAGUAUUGAGAGCAGUUUUGGGCCCCUUAUCUAAGAAUGGAUGUGCUGACAUUGGAGCUGGUUCAAAGGAGGUUCACGAAAAUGAUUACAGGAAUGAAAGGCUCAUCAUAUAAUGAGUGUUUGAUGGAUCUAGAUCUAUACUCACUGGAAUUAAGAAGAAUGGGGGGGCUAUCUCAUUUGAACCUUUCAAAUGGUGAAAGGCCUCGAUAGAGUGGAUGUCAAGAGAACUUUUCAUCUGGUACGGGGGCAAAGACGAGAAGGGACAACCUCAGAAUAGAGUGAUGUCCAUUUAGAAUGGAGAUGAGGAAGAAUUUCUUUAGCCAGAUGGUGGUGAAUCUGUGGAAUUUGUUGCCAUAUGCAGCUGUGAAGGCCAGGUUAUUAGGUGUAUUUAAGGCAAAGGUUGAUAAAUUCUUGAUAAGUCAGGGCGUGGAAGGUUACAGGGAGAAGACAAGUAAAUAGGGUUGUAGAGAAAUGGAUCAGCUGUGAUCAAAAGGCAGAGCAGACUCAAUGGGCCAAAUAGCUUAAUUCUGCUCUGGUGUCUUGUGGUUGUAUGGCCUUGUGUAUAGAUGCAAUGAAGUAAACAAAUAUGUGAAGGUUUAUUGUAGUUUAGAAUUGUCUCCAAAACAUGUUGACGAGUACCAUGCGAUGUACAACCUUGACUCAAUUAUCAGAUGCACAGUAACAGUAAUUCUUUUUCCAAGCGCAAACACGACGAAAUCUGCAGAUGCUGGAAAUUCAAACAACACGCACAAAAUGCUGGUGGAACACAGCAGGCCAGGCAGCAUCUAUAGGGAGAAGCGCUGUCGACGUUUCGGG